CGUUUCGAAUUUUUGUCAACAACAACCGUUACAACGAAAAUAAAGAAAACCACAAUGAACAUUUGUUAACCAGGACAGUUUAAAAACUCAUUAACCCCUUUGAAAUGGCUUUGUCAACAAAACCGUCAGAUAAAGGGACCCAGAGCUCCGUCCAAGGAUCUUUACAGAUCACAGACCUACCGGAGGAAAUUCUGGAAUUCAUUUUGCUUCAUUUGUCGCCCUAUAGAGAUUUAAAAUGUGCCAUGUUGGUAAAUCGACAGUGGCAUCGGCUUGUUCAAGGAGUAAUCCGACAGAUGUAUCAAAGCUUUUACUGCGGGAUUGUGGAUGGUCAGCUGGAGUGGACGGGAAUCACUCCCGAGGUGGGAUCUAAUAUCACAGAGAGGUACUCCCAUUGUGCCUGCUAUUACGACAAAUCUAUGUACAUAUUUGGUGGCUGUACCUCCACCAACACAACCUUCAAUGACCUCUGGAGAUUUGACCUCAAAGAGAGACAGUGGAUCAGACCUCUAGCUAUUGGUACCUACCCUUCCCCCAAAGCUUGUGCCAGUUUAGUUGUUUACAAAGACAGUUUAGUCUUGUUUGGAGGUUGGAGCCACCCCACCCCCUACCCUCUCCAUCAGGCUGCUAGGUUUUUCUCAGAGUUACACAUCUAUAAACCAGAGCAAAAUCGCUGGUACCACCUAAACACCAUGUCACCUGUCAGCCCUGCCCCCACAGCUGGCCACUCAGCAUCCAUUGUGGGGGACAGGAUGGUAGUGUUUGGAGGGUCACAUGUCCCUGGAACAGGAAAUAAUGAAGUUUGGGAGUUUAAUUUUAUUGAUAUGACUUGGCAGAGAAAACACACUGGCAACAAACGACCAAAUCCUCGCUAUGGACAAACACAGGUUACACUGGAUGAAAAUCACAUUUUAGUGGUGGGAGGAUGUGGCGGGCCUAAUCAGAUUUUCAAUGAUCUGUGGCUACUUUGUCUGGACACUGACCCUUGGAGUUGGGAUGAAGUGACCAUUAAUCAGCCAGAAUUCUCUGCCCCUCAACUGUGGUGCCAUCCGGCUUGCAAGGUAAAUGACAAAAUAAUAGUGUUGAGUAAACCCUCCAAACCUCUGCGACCCCCGUCCUCAGACCCCCGGAGACCUGCUAAUUAUGCCUACAGGAAUAACAAGAUCUGGGUCCCUCCACAUGAAUCACCGAGGGAAUCAGCUGGACCUCAGUCUAAUGCCUCAAGACAAACAGGUGCUACCUUCAAACGACCCGUUUCUGAAAGUGAUGACAGUUCAAGUGCUGAUGAUGAAGAAAAUUCAGGUCAAAGAUCAGACAGGGCUCAUCUAGAGUUCAAACAUCCAGGUGAUGUGGUGAGGGGUCGAGGUCAGGUUCCCUCACCCAGAAGAUCACCGGUGUCUCAUAGCCGACUUCAGAGUUAUAGUUAUGUAACUGACCCUGACACUUCUGGUCCAUCCAUGCAGGCUUUCAGCACCAGCGAUGCUCGUCCUGGGGUGUUAGGUGGACGACAGAAUGCUGUAAAAAACAGGGAAAAGCAACUUGAAGCACUGAGAAAGUUUGAGGAGAGACUAAGGGAAAGUUUGGCAAGGCAGCCAGGGUCACAAGGUCAAAACCAACCAACCAAUGACAAUGUCAGGAAAACUCGCCUGAGGGAACUCCGAACACCUAUCCAUCUACAUGUGCUGGACAUUUCUAAUAUUGUGCAAUCUCGGACUGCUUCCUGGCAGCCAGUAAAGGAGAACCUUUCACUGGAGGCUCCUGAGGAAACAAUAUUUUACACCCUGGUGGAGGGGCGAGGAGAGCUGGUCAUGUUUGGGGGGAUACAGCGGGACAUUCAGUCCAUGCAGAGAGGGAUGGAUGUCAAGUCCCAUGUAGUCAGCAACAAUCUGUACAUGUUGUCUCCAUCCAGAAUGUCCCUAUGAUAGUCAGCAACAAUCUGUACAUGUUGUCUCCAUCCAGAAUGUCCCUAUGAUAGUCAGCAACAAUCUGUACAUGUUGUCUCCAUCCAGAAUGUCCCUAUGACAGUGAUAAACAAUCUCAAUAAGUCGUUACCAUCCAGGGUGUCCUUAUGAUAAUCAACAACAAUCUCAAUAAGUCGUUACCAUCCACAGUGACCUUAUGAUAGUCAACUCAUAGAAAUUAACAUGUCACCAUCCACAGUGACCUUAUGAUAGUCAACUCAUAGGAAUUAACAUGUCACCCUCCACAGUGACCUUAUGAUAGUCAACUGAUAGGAAUUAACUGUUCUUGAUGAAUGCUUUUAAAUGAAUUGUUAAGAAUGCUUGCAUGUGAAAGUAAAAAUGAAGGCAAGGUUCUAGUCAAAAUUUCAGGAAUUUUGUAGUGUUUGGAUUAAAUACAUCUUUGCCUUGUGUAUUAAGAACAUUUAGAUUGUUUGUAUACUCUUCUAAACAAAUGUUUGAAAAAAAAACUAUUUUAUGUAUGUGUAAAACUAGUAAAAACAAGUUAUUUUUAUAGGUUUUGUCACUCUUUGUACAAUAUACAACAAAAAGCUACAUUUACAUUUAAUUUUAGUGAAAGCUUUGAUAUUGUCUCAUUAGUUUUGGCAUGUUGGACAAAUCAAAUGGCCUUCAAUUUCAUCUUGUUCAAGGAGAAACUGUUGUUUUUAUGUGAUGUACAUGUACAUGUACUACUGGACAUGUUGUAGUUCUAUUAUUUCUUCUUAAAACAACAAAGUAAAUUAUGUGAGAGAAUAAACAAAAUGAAAUUC